AUCUCACCCAAGAGAUAUCUCAACUCCACGUGGCAGAACAGAGGCCUCUAUAUGCCAUAAUUGAAAUCCAAAUACUAAACCAUAACCAAUCAGCAAUUGCUUAGUUGUACAUCUUGUAAUCCUCAAAAAUCCAUUAAAUUUGCAUAUAUAUAACCCCCGCUUCUCCUUCUUCCUUUCAUAUCAUCAGCCAAAAAAAAGAAACAAAAAAGCUUCACCAAAUUCAAAAAAAAUGGCCACUUCUGCGAUUCAACAAUCAGCCUUUGUUGGUCAAGCAGUUGGUAAAUCUCAAAAUGAGUUUAUUAGGAAAGUUGGCAACUUCGGUGAAGGCCGUAUUACCAUGAGACGUACUGUUAAAAGCGCUCCUCAAAGCAUCUGGUACGGAGAAGACCGUCCUAAGUACUUGGGCCCAUUUUCUGAGCAAACACCAUCAUACUUAACUGGGGAAUUCCCCGGUGAUUACGGAUGGGACACUGCUGGACUUUCAGCUGACCCCGAGACAUUUGCUAGAAACCGUGAGCUUGAGGUGAUUCAUUGCCGUUGGGCUAUGCUUGGCGCUUUAGGUUGUGUUUUCCCCGAAAUCCUUUCGAAGAACGGUGUUAAAUUCGGUGAAGCUGUUUGGUUCAAGGCUGGAUCUCAAAUUUUCUCCGAAGGUGGGCUUGACUACCUUGGAAACCCAAACCUUGUCCAUGCCCAAAGCAUUCUUGCUAUUUGGGCUUGCCAAGUUGUUCUUAUGGGCUUUGUUGAAGGAUACAGAGUUGGUGGAGGCCCACUUGGUGAGGGCCUUGACAAGAUCUAUCCAGGAGGUGCCUUUGACCCACUUGGCCUUGCUGAUGAUCCUGAGGCUUUUGCUGAAUUGAAGGUGAAGGAAAUUAAAAAUGGACGUUUAGCUAUGUUUUCUAUGUUUGGAUUCUUUGUUCAAGCUAUUGUUACUGGAAAGGGGCCAAUUGAGAACCUCUCUGACCACAUUAAUGACCCGGUGGCUAACAACGCUUGGGCUUUCGCCACAAACUUUGUACCCGGAAAGUGAAAGUAAUUUGUAGUAUGUAAUAUGUUAAAUUUGGGAUAAUUAAUGAAAGUUUUAUGCUUGUGAAAAAAUUGAUUUGUACCUUUGAUUAUAUUUUACCAACAUAUUUCUAAGUGGUGUACCUUUUUU